AAUAGCUCGUCGCUCGGUAGCUGCCGAGGGGGCGGGCUCGCGGUCUUCAGGCGUCUAAGCUGCUCUCGGGUCGCUCGGCGGCGCAAGAUGGCGGACAUCUCCCUGGAUGAGCUUAUCCGCAAACGCGGAGUGGCGACGAAGGGGCGGCUUAACACCAGGCCGGGCCUGGGAGGUGUUCGCUCCCGAGUUGGCAUCCAGCACAGCCUUCUCAGCCAGCCAGCGCGCACUACCACCUUCCAGCAGAGGUUUGACGCCCGGCAGAAGAUCGGCCUGGCAGAUGCCCGCCUCAAGCUGGGAGUCAAGGACGCCCGAGAGAAGCUAUUGCAGAAAGACGCUCGGUUUCGGAUCAAAGGGAAAGUGCAGGACGCCAGGGAGAUGCUGAACUCACGGAAGCAGCAGAGCACAGUGCUGCAGAAGCCCCGGCAGGUGGCCGACGCCCGGGAGAAGAUCAGCCUGAAGAGGAGUGCGCCCGCCGCCUACCCGAGCCCGCCAGUGGGGACCGUGACCCCCGCCCUGAAGCUCACCAAGACCAUCCAGGUUCCACAGCAGAAGGCUGCGGUGCCGCUGCAUGCCCAUCCUGCUGGAAUGAGGAUCAACGUUGUCAACAACCACCAGGCCAAACAGAAUUUAUAUGACCUGGAUGAGGAUGAGGAGGUCACAGCGCACAUCCCUACCAAGCAGAUGAAGUUCGCAGCCUCUGGCAGCUUUCUCCACCACGUGGCCGGGCUGAGCAGUUCUAAGCUCUCUGGGUCCAAGGCGCUCCCUCUCACCAAAGUGGUUCAGAAUGAUGCCUACACUGCUCCCACUCUUCCUGCCUCUGUUCGAACCAAAGCCUUGACCAACAUGUCCCGGACACUGGUGAACAAGGAGGAGUCCCCCAAAGAGCCGCCACCUUCGGAGCCUGUGCUCAGCCCCUUGGAAGGCACCAAGAUGACUGUGAAUAACCUGCACCCUCGCGUCACUGAGGAGGACAUUGUUGAGCUUUUCUGCGUGUGCGGAGCCCUCAAGAGAGCCCGGCUGGUCCAUCCCGGCGUGGCUGAGGUGGUCUUCGUGAAGAAGGAUGAUGCCAUCACUGCGUAUAAGAAGUACAACAACCGCUGUCUGGACGGGCAGCCUAUGAAGUGCAACCUCCACAUGAACGGGAACGUGAUCACCUCAGACCAGCCCAUCCUGCUGAGACUGAGUGACAGUCCCUUGGUGAAGAAGGACAGUGAGCUGCCUCGGAGGCUGACCUCAGCCACCUCUGCCAACCCGCCCGCUGAAGUGGACCCGGACACCAUCCUAAAGGCACUCUUCAAGUCCUCGGGGGCCUCCGUGACCACACAGCCCACAGAGUUCAAGAUCAAACUCUGAGCAGGGCCAGGAGGCGAGGAGCGGGGCAGAGGAGGGCAGCCCUGUUCCAGCCAAGCUGGUGACCAACGGUCAUCGAACUGCAGUCUCUGGCAUGGGAAAGGUUGCCAGGGUUGAGCUUCCUCGCUGGAUGGGACCCACCCUUCUGUGUUGUGUCCCCCUGUGUAGUCUGUGUCCACAUUUUCUGUAGUAUGUCCUUCCCCUCCACCUGUCACCCGGGCAGGGUGUAUUUCUCAGUUUGUUCCCUGCCCUCCCCUCAGGCUGGUUGCUGACCCAGAAGUGUGCGCAGUGGCCCAGCUGGCUUUGUGUGGCCCCUGCAGGAUGUGGGGCAGCCCUAAGACAGCACCCCUUGGACCUGGAGUUGUCCCACUAGCCCAGCACCCACCUGCUUGUCCCUCACCACAGCCGCCUCUCCAGGGCCCUGGGCAGUGCCCCCUACCCUCAGCUGGGAGACUCUGCAGGCACAGGACCAUCGCAGGCUGUUGAAGGGUCCGCUCCCUUGCGUCCUAUAACACUGUGGCUCUGGAGGCAUCUGCUCGGGAGCUGCUGCUUGGUUCCUGGCUCUUGUCUUUCCAGGCCG